AUAAGCGAAAAAGCAGCCAAGGAAUCAAACAGAUCUCUCCUCUUUCAUCUCCUCCUCCUCCGUCUCUCUCCCUAUUUCGUCGGCGGCGAAGAAGAAGAAGAAGAAGAAGAAGAAGAAGAAGAAGAUGCGUCCGAAGCUGGUGCUGUUCGGCGACUCCAUCACGGAGGAAUCCUUCUGCGACGGCGGGUGGGGCGCCGCCCUCGCCCACCAAUUCGCUCGUUCGGCGGACGUGGUGCUGCGGGGCUACAGCGGCUACAACACCCGGUGGGCGCUGCGGGUGGCGGCGCGGGCGAUGGAGGGCGCCGGCGACGCCCCCGCGGCGGUCACGGUCUUCUUCGGCGCCAACGACGCCGCCCUCCCCGACCGCAGCAGCUGGUUCCAGCACGUCCCUCUCGACGAGUACCAGCGCAACCUCCGGUCCAUCCACUCCUUCCUCAAGGAGCGGUGGCCCUCGGCCGUAGUCAUACUUAUCACGCCGCCUCCGAUCGACGAGGAUGGGCGCCUCCAGUAUCCUUAUACUGAUGGCCCUUCUGGUCUACCUGAGAGGACUAACGAGUCGGCUGGCGCUUUUGCAAAGGCCUGUGUAGCUGUGGCAAAAGAGUUGGGUGUUCCGUAUAUCGAUCUUUGGACGAAGAUGCAGCAAUUUCCUGACUGGGAAAAAUCCUUCUUAAGAUCAGGUUCUGGUGAAAACAAACAGGCUUUGCAUGAGCCUUCCAUGCUUGCAGGGAUGGGCUUCACUUCACCCCGCGCGGGAACAGGGUGUUAUUCGAGGAGGUUGUGCAGGCGCUUAAAGGCGUUGGCCUGAGCCUUGAGUCCCUGCCGGUGGAUCUGCCUCUCUUCUCCGAUGUCGACCCGAAAGACCCCUUAAAAUCGUUUGAUAAUUAAAAGCUACUUGCAUAUUAUUCGAUAAAAAAGGGUCUACUUUUUUGUGUGUCUCUACUAUCCUAAUUCCAAAGGGUUAAUGUGGUAUGCUAGUGAAGGUUACUUUUGUGAGUGAGUAAUAUGUUGUGGGCCUUUGCUGUUUAUCCAGUGUAUCAUUUUUGGAGCACAAAAACUAGUAUCUGAUGUUUGAUAAUAUAUUUAUCAUGAUUGAUGUUUCCAAAGGAGCUGUUUUUGUA